GGAGCCUCCAUCACACACUCUCUCUGUGCGAAACCUUCUGCAGAACAUUUGCUAGGUUUCCAAUGGCCACCGUUCCAGGACAGCUGAUCUGGGAGAUCGUCAAGAAGAACAACUCCUUCUUGGUCAAGCAAUUCGGCCGGAGCCACGCCGGCGUCCGCUUCAGCAAGGAGCCUAACAACCUCUGCAACCUCCACUCCUACAAGCACUCCGGUUUGGCGAACAAGAAGACUGUGAGUAUUCAGGCCGGAGGCAAAGACCACUCGGUGGUGCUCGCCACUACUAAGACCAGGAAGCAGAACAAGCCUGCCAGCAUGGUUCACAAGUCUGUGAUGAGGAAGGAGUUCUCUCGCAUGGCCAAGGCUGUUACCAAUCAGGUGGUCGCUAACUUCUACAGACCUGAUUUGAAGAAAGCAGCCCUUGCUAGGCUCAGUGUAGUUCACAGGAGUCUCAAGGUGUCAAAAUCUGGUGCCAAGAAGAGGAACAGGCAGGCUGUUAGGAUGUACGGAAGGCAGUGAAAGACUGCUUAAGAAUCUAAAGUUAAUGUGCAAACAUGAAUAUUUUGCUAAGUUUGAAUAUUUAGUCCUCAGAAAUGUUCCAAUUUGGUUUUGAAGACUUGCAAACAGAUUUUGUAGUGGUUGAUGUGUGUUUUGUUUCAUUGUUGACCAGAAACUUCGAUGAUCUUUUAUUUUCAUAAGGAUAAUAUUGUUUUUUGCCUUGUGUCUACUGCAUACUUGAUGAAAUAAUAAACUUAGAACCCUAUGGUUUACAUGC